CGAAAAUCGACCUCGCUCUUCCAAAUUUCUGGUUCAUCGACGACGUCGCCCAGCACCGAUUUACCGACAACACCGCCGCCAUGUCUGAGAAGGCCCAGAACCCGAUGCGGGAGCUCCGCAUCCAGAAGCUCGUCCUGAACAUCUCGGUCGGCGAGUCUGGUGACAGACUGACCCGUGCUGCCAAGGUGCUGGAGCAGCUCUCCGGCCAGACACCGGUCUACAGCAAGGCCCGGUACACCGUCCGCCAGUUCGGUAUCCGCCGUAACGAAAAGAUUGCGGUGCACGUCACCGUCCGCGGCCCCAAGGCCGAGGAGAUUCUUGAGCGCGGUCUCAAGGUCAAGGAGUACGAGCUCCGCAGGCGCAACUUCAGCGAGACCGGCAACUUCGGCUUCGGUAUCAGCGAGCACAUCGACCUGGGCAUCAAGUACGACCCGGGCAUCGGUAUCUACGGCAUGGACUUCUACUGCUGCAUGACCCGCCCCGGUGAGCGCGUCGCCCGCCGCCGCCGCGCCAAGGCCAGGAUCGGUGCCAGCCACCGCAUCACCCGCGAGGACACCAUCAGGUGGUUCAAGCAGCGCUUCGACGCCAUUGUCCGCUAAAUCUGGGCAUGAUGAGGAGGUUGACCCGGGGGGUAGGCAAGCGGGAAGGGAAAAAAACGGGCAUUUCGGGCAGGGAGCGGGGAGUUCAGGGCUCAGCACCAUCGGAAUCUCUGGGGGGUGGUGCUUGCUUUUGCGGGAUUCAUGGACAAUGGGAUCGUUGGGUUCUCUCAAAAGAGCGUGUAAAUGCAGCUUCCUCUACUUGGGCGAGUCCUCUCGUUCCCACUGCUCGAUCUGAGAUUUCAGUCGAGCCACGGCCUCAGAGUCCGACCGGCGCCCAUGCCGGCUUGCCAAUUCCCUUAGAUUCCGUGACCACUUCCCUGCUGGCUGUAACCUUGGUUACGAGCAUGAAUUGUGUUGAUCAGCGUUGAAGCGUGCCACCCUUCUCGUUGCGUCACUUCCAGCAAACACAGACUCAGCCCAAUGGCAUGGGCUCUUUAACCC